AUGGCUACCGCUGCCUCAAGUAGCUCGUGGUACAGUUGGUUGUCACCAUGGCUGACAGAAAAAAUGGAUCAACCCGAUCACCUCAUCCCAAUGCCAUCCGAUAAUCACCGAUUGAUCGUGGGUCACCACAUUGGGUUCGAUCGGGCCCGUAUCAAACAAGAAUACUCGCUCAGAGGUACUCGCACCCGCUUUCUGGACACCAUGAGCCUCCAUAUCGCUACCUUUGGUCUCUCAAAUCCUCAACGACCAGCAUAUAUAUCAUCAAAAAGAAAAACACAGCAAAAACUCGAUGAAGAUGAUCAACUAAAAGACUCUUCCAACAGUGAUGGUCUUGAUAUUGGGCUGCCUGACCCUGACACAUCAACCCAUACCUCUUGGACGCAUGUGGCUUCGAUGAACUCCUUAGAAGAAGUUGCCAAGCUUCACUGCGGCAUCAAAGUCGACAAAGCACUUCGCAACAUAUUUCUCGAGAACGACAAAUCCCAGAUUGUGAGACAUAUACCACAGCUCUUGGAAUAUUGCGCUCGGGAUGUGAGCGCAACCCAUUCUGUUUAUCGCAAGCUUCUGCCACUUUUCUUGGAACAAUGUCCACAUCCAGUCAGUUUUGCGGGGAUGCUCCACAUGGGCAACCCGUUCUUGCCGGUUGAUGAGACUUGGAAGACCUAUUUGGAACGCUCAGAAUCCGCUUUUCUCUCUAGGUCAACAACGGUCAAAGCCAGUCUCCUUCGUUUGGCCGAAGCAACUCGGAAAUUGAUGUUCGUCAAGGACCCCGAAACAGGCCGACCUAUUUAUGAAGAUGAUCAUUGGCUUAAGCAGCUUGACUGGACGCCUAAGAAGGCACGGUGGACCAGUCUUCAGACUGCGCAAGAUACACCCUCUAGCUCUGACUCGAGAGAUCCCGACAAUCCCAGCAAACCUUCUCAAGAUACAAGAAAACUGAUACCAGCUUGGUUCGCAAAUCUACCAUGCUCGCCCCAGGGAGACUCUUUUCUCAUUGCCCCAGAAUCUCCCUUAGCUUCUCUGCUCCUCAAAGUUAAAUUCAAUGGUCACCCUGUACUGUGGUCCCGAAAACUCGGUUGGAUGUUUAGCUUGAUUGUAAAUCCUGAUGCCCCUCCCUCACGUAUUCCAGCCGAUGAAAUCGAUCCUCGUGACGUUCCGGAAUAUUUCGAACUGUCUGAAAAUGAGCGUAUCUUCAAGCUUCCUAGUUCUACACGACAAUCAACUAAACGAGUCAGGACCCUCCUUUCGCGUAACAACUCCAAAAUGUUUGACCAAGGCAUACUUUCUUCUCCUUACCCAGAAGCUCAUAUGGCCUGCCGGAUUUCCAAAACACGUGAUGCACCAAAUGAUUCUAAUGACGAGAUUCACGAUCGGCUAGUGAAACUGGCCGAGGAAGCCAAAGCCUUAGAUUCUCAAAGGGCGAAGCUUGACCCCUGGCUACGUCAGUUGGACUGGACACCCGUGACGGAAGAGCGUAACUUGAGAUUGAAGGACGUCGAAGAUAACCCUCCUGAGCAUUCGGCUACGAGCAUUGGCCAACAUCAAAAUCGAAAAACACCAAAAAGCCUGAUACUUCUGGAAGAAGAUAAGGUUUGGCCCCAAUGGUACUGGUUACUGGCUCGUCGCGGGAUCGAAAACAUUGGAUUAACAACCAAAAGCCAGAUGACUCCGCUGUUGCUUCGGCUCAGCUUUUGCGGGUUCCCCUUGUAUCGCUCGAAGCAGCACGGAUGGGUGUUUCGGAUUCCUUUGAACGAGCUCAAAGACCCAUACCUGGCCCGAACACCACUCAGUUUUAAUUUCGAGCGUGACCCAAUAUUCGUUAGCAAUCAGGAAGAUGCCGUCUUUUUCAAGGUUCCUCAUCCGGAUGGAGAUAGUCAGAAUGUGGGAAGUCCAUUGAGCAAAUCUUUCGAUAAAGCGUUCGAAAACGAAAUCCUCCGCGCCAAUCCCCUUUGCAUCGAUCACUCCUCUGCAAACUUAUUGUCCGACUCGGCACACGUGACUCUCAAAGAAGCUGACAGUCAGGCCUUGGCAGAUAACGCUCGUCAAGCUUUAUCAAUGAGCAUGCAAUGUAGCUACUGGCUGAAUGCCUCCCAGCGUAUCAAAGACCAGAUGGUAAUAUGGGAAUCAAGUCUCCAUGAGAAAAUGUCUGACAACCCGGAACCGUCUAGACGCAAGCAAGGCAUGAUCUUGCCCCAAGUGACCGUUAUGGGUACCGUUACUCGCCGUGCAACCGAGAAAACCUGGCUGGCAGCUGCGAACGCUAAGAAAAACAAGAUCGGCACUGAGCUGAAGUCGAUGGUCCGUGCACCCCCUGGGUAUACGAUCGUCGGCGCAGACGUGGAUUCGGAAGAAUUGUGGAUCAGUAGUGUGAUGGGCGAUGCCCAGUUUGGAAUGCACGGUGCAACGGCAAUUGGAUGGAUGACCCUAGAAGGAACAAAAGUAGCCGGGACAGAUCUUCAUUCGAAAACGGCCAGCAUUCUUGGGAUCUCCCGGAACGAUGCGAAGGUGUUCAACUACUCAAGAAUUUAUGGUGCGGGAAUUGCACAUGCAGUCCAACUGCUCAUGAAGGCUGACCCGACCGCCUCGAAGACAGAUGCCACCAAGCUUGCCAAGCAGCUCUAUGCCUCCACCAAAGGAGUGAAGAACUAUCGAGCGGACAUGUUUGACCGAAAGUUUUGGUAUGGAGGCACCGAGAGUUAUUUGUUUAACAAGCUCGAACAGAUCGCCCUCGCUGAGUACCCCGAGACCCCGGCACUUAGUUGUGGGAUCACAAGAGCCUUGAGGAAGUGUCACCUGCCUAGCGCCGGCGAAGGCCCUGAUUUUAUGACCAGUCGGGUCAAUUGGGCUGUCCAAAGUAGUGGAGUUGACUAUCUACAUAUGUUAAUCGUGGCUAUGGAUUAUUUGAUCGAUCGCUAUGGGAUUAAUGCACGUUACAUGAUCUCUGUACACGAUGAGAUUAGGUAUCUAUCUGCUUGGGAGGACCGGUAUCGAUGUGCACUAGCUCUGCAGAUCGCAAACCUUUGGACCAGGUGCCAGUUUGCGUUCAAGUUAGAGAUGGACGACCUGCCUCAGAGUUGCGCUUGGUUUUCUGCGGUGGACGUAGAUCACGUAUUGCGCAAGGAAGUCGAUUUAUCAUGCGUUACGCCGUCUAACCCAGACCCGAUACCACCCGGUGAAUCGCUAGACAUCAGUAAGCUCCUCAAGCUCACACCGAUGGGACUUGGGGAGUUGAGCAAGCCAUUGGAGGUCCCCGAUUCUUCCGCGAUCGAUUCUGCCUGCCUGGCUAAGUCCCACACAGCAUUAAAGCACCGCAGUACCCAGCUCGAGUGGCUCGCAGCGCAAUCCAGCCAGGACCGCGACGAGAUUCGCAAACAUUGGCACCGGGCCCAGCAGCAAGAAGAGCAAGCUUGGAUCGAGCAUGAGUUGCGCCAACGCGCCGCUCCUAUGCCUACCAAACAGCCCACCUCACAUCUGCCUCCGAAGGACACUCAGCCACUCUACCGUCGUGUUCCUAUGCCUCAGAAAAUGCCGCCUUCCUCUCUGUCUUCGUCUUGUCAUCCUCGCCUUUCCCGCCAGUCUCGUCGAGUCUCCCUCAAUCAUACCAACAAAAACUGGGACGAUGACCCCGACAUGUCUGCCUGGAAAGCAUUUGAUGCUUCUCAGUCAGUCCAUCAUCCCCUUGAUCGUCUCUGA